UCGGAGCUCUCUGCAAGCAUGUACGCCAAAGGCAAGAGUAGCAACGUGCCGUCCGACAGCCAAGCCAGAGAAAAGUUAGCUCUGUAUGUAUAUGAAUACCUGCUGCAUGUAGGAGCACAGAAGUCAGCACAGACCUUCCUCUCAGAGAUCCGAUGGGAGAAGAACAUCACAUUAGGGGAACCUCCAGGGUUCCUCCACUCAUGGUGGUGUGUUUUCUGGGACCUGUACUGUGCAGCACCAGAGAGGAGAGAGACAUGUGAACACUCCAGUGAGGCCAAGGCCUUCCAUGACUAUAGUGCAGCAGCAGCUCCCAGCCCUGUCCUUGGGAACCUUCCCCCGGGAGAAGGCAUGCCAGUAGGGCCAGUCCCGCCAGGAUUCUUCCAGCCAUUCAUGUCACCUCGGUACCCUGGAGGACCCAGGCCACCCCUCAGAUUACCCAACCAGGGACUUGGAGGAGUUCCCGGCAGCCAGCCUAUGUUACCCAGUGGGAUGGACCCCACGAGACAACAAGGACAUCCAAAUAUGGGAGGACCCAUGCAGAGGAUGACUCCACCGAGGGGGAUGGUUCCUCUAGGGCCCCAGAGCUACGGGGGUGGGAUGAGACCACCUCUGAAUGCUCUCAUGGGCCCCGGGAUGCCGGGCAUGAACAUGGGACCUGGAGGGGGUAGACCUUGGCCGAAUCCUCCAAAUACCAGUUCUAUCCCCUACUCCUCUGCAUCCCCAGGAAGUUAUGUGGGACCUCCAGGUGGAGGGGGGCCGCCUGGCACCCCAAUUAUGCCCAGCCCAGCAGAUUCAACCAACUCUGGCGACAACAUGUACACAAUGAUAAACACAGUCCCUCCAGGUGGAAGCCGACCAAACUUUCCAAUGGGUCCGGGUGGUGAUGGUCCGUUAGGGGGAAUGGCUGGAAUGGAGCCUCAUCACAUGAACGGUUCACUAGGGUCUGGCGAUAUAGACAGUCUCCCCAAAAACUCUCCUGGUAACCUAAGUAUGAGUAACCAGCCGGGGACCCCCAGAGAGGACGGGGAGAUGGGAGGAAACUUCCUUAACCCUUUUCAGAAUGAGAGUUACUCUCCGAACAUGACAAUGAGUGUGUGAGGGCUUUGGGCGGCGGUUGGCCAGUCGUCAGUCAGUUGGCGUGCACUGGUGAAAAGCAAGGAGACCGGAUGUGAUGUCACCUAAGCCAGUGACUUUUUUUCCCUACACCUUUUUUCGAUCAUGACUGUCAUCCUGCACCCUUCUACUCCUCCUCCUCCUCCUGGUCUCUGUCUACAUCUCUUCUCUCCGAUUUCCUCCGUUCAGCGGUUUCUCCUCUGCAAUUCCAAGACUGUACAAAGGAAUCAAUAUCAAGCAAAAAGGAGGAAAUUGUGCAUUUUUUGUUUGUUUGUUUGUUUUGUUUUUUUUUUUGUUUUUUUUUG